AUGAGAAAAAUUUGGUCUAGAAAGGAUAAAGACAAGAGGAAAAGUUUAUCAAACAAUUUAUUAUCCAUUAAUAGUUCAAAUUCAAAUUUAAAUUCGGUUUCGUAUUCCGAUAGUAGUUCUCGUGAUGAUUUAUCAAUUAAACAAGUUAAUAAUGAUUACGAUCACCAAUCAUCCAUACCGAAAGAUAAUAAAGAUGAUUUAAACUCAAUUCAAACUGAUUUAACUAAUUCUACAACAGCAUAUAAUGGUAAUAAUUUCAAUGCUUAUUAUAAUGACAAAUUUACGUCGAUUAAUUCGAACAAUUCACUGACGUUUUUAAAUCACCACUCGGGGAAAUCUUCAAUUUCUGCAACUGCAACAACAACAACAACAGCAACUGCAACAACUUAUACUCCAUCGUCAGCUAAUUCACUCUCAAACUAUGAAUUCUCCAGUCUAGUUGAACCUGAUUAUGAUUCGAAAUUAAUAAAAAAUAAUUGGAUCAAUGGUGUACUCAAUAAUACAGAAAUUAAUGAAAGUAAUUUGAAAUUAUUAAGAGCAGAAUUGAAAGGAUCAUAUUUAUAUUUAUACAAACCUAACUCAUCAUUAAAUAUUAAAAAUUUCAAAUUGAAUAAUGAUCUAAAAGACUUUGAUGAAAUCAAUUCCAUAAGUGAACAAACAUUGAAUGAUUCCCUACCAACUAUUAGAAAAAACUCAGUAUUUGAAAGUAAUUCAAUCUCUACAGUUAAGUCAAAACCAUUCAAAAUUUAUUACCAAAAAACAAAUCUACCACAUCCAGAGCUUAGUUAUGACUUUGAUUCACAUGUAUUUAUUAAUAGCUUUUUCAAUAAUGGGAAAAAUUCAUUAGAAUCUAUAAUACAUUUUUUAUUAUUUGCAAUGGAUCCAUCCGAUUCACAUUCGGUUAAGACUAUAAUUCAAACACUUCCAAUAUUACCCAAUUUUAAUGAAACGUUGACUUUUAUUUCGCAAUAUCUUGAACUUAUUUUUAAAGGUGCAUUUGAAGGAUCAUAUAAUAAAGAUUUGAUACAGAAAAGAGUGUUGGAAUUUUUGAAUCAUAUACAACAACAUUUUGAUGGUUAUUUAUUAAAAUCAGAUACUGCUCCUUCAAUUUUGAAAAUCCUUGAAAUUAUAUCAAUUGACAACAAUAAUGACGUAUCAAGCUUCAAACAAAUCAUGUUACAAAAACAGCAAACUUUAAUUGAUUUAUUGAAUAAUACAACUCAAACAAGUCAUUUACCAUUUCAAUAUUUAAAUUCAGAAUAUUUCUUAAAAAAAAUUAACUUAAUUGAUUUUGCAAAAUCUAUUAGUGAAGUAGAUUUAAAAUUUUUUAAAAAUUGGAAUUCAAAUAUUGAUAAAUCAUUAUUAUUAUCUUCUUCCAUAAAUUGUGAUGAAUAUAAUAAAGACUCUUUUUAUAAAAAAAAUCCUUUGAUUUUUAAUAAUGAUUAUCAUAUUCAUUAUUUAUCAAGAUUAUUAAUAAAUCAUUUAUUUAUUGAAAAUCAAUCAAAAACAAGUUCUUUGGAAUAUAAAGCAAGAUUGCUUGAAAAGUGGAUAGAUUUGGGAUGUUUAUUAGAUAAAUCUGGUAAUAUGUCUUCUUGGUUGGGUAUUUCUUCAAUUAUUUUAUCUUUACCUAUUUUAAGAUUGACAAAAAUUUGGUCAUUAGUUUCACAAGAUUAUAUCAAGUUGUUGAAAAAUGAUUGGUCACCAGUUUUAUUUGAAUUAGAUAGAAGAUAUUUGGUUAAUGAAACAACUCAUAUUGAACUGUCAAACAAUGGUUUGGGAGAAUCUAAUAUAAAAGAUUCGUAUCAUAUAAUGGCACCUAGAGGAUUAGGUAAAAUAUAUCCACGAGAAAAAGUUAUACCAUAUUUUGGUGAUCUAGUCAUUAAGAAUAAUAUUGAAAAUUGUGAUGUUUAUGAAUUGGAAUCAGUUUGGAAAAAAAUUAAUUAUUCUUUUGAUCGUUGGAAUGACUAUUUGAAUAAUUUAAAUAAUUUUGAUGAUAUAAUUAGAUAUAAUGAUGAUGUUUUACGAAGAUAUGAUUCAAUGGGUUUUAUCUUUUCAAAUGAAAGUUUGAAUCAGGUAUUGUAUUUAGGGGUAAACAAUGGAAGUAUAAAAGAAAAUAAUCAACCACGUAUUAAAGAAACUAGAGAUUAUGAAAUGGAAUCUGUAUUACUUUCAUUAAUAGAUUUGAAUUGUGAGUCCUUUAAUUUAAACAAAAUUAUGAAGUAUUCCCUUGAAUCAGAACCAGAAUUACCCGAAAAUUAUUUGACAAAAAGCUAUACAAAUAAAAAUAAUUCAACUAUAUCAGUUAAUUCAAUUGAAUCGGAAAGUGAAAAUGAUCCACUGAGUAAACUUCCCAUAUUUAACAAUCAAUAUUUCAAAAUUAGUUUGAAGAAUUAUGAUGAAUUAGUUGCAGACGGAAAAAAGGAAGGUACACCACCACCAAUAACAGUCCAUAACCUUGUAUUCAGUGUUGAUAACUUCGUAAUGGAUACUGAAAAUAAAGUGAAUAAUUUUACAAUUGAAGAUGAGGAAGAAGAAACAGGUUUAGGAAUAGAUGUGGAUAAUAUUUUGAAUUCAGAAAAAUUUAAUACUUUCCCAUUGUCACCAAAUUUAAGAAAACAAAAUUCGGAUAAAUCAUUAGAUGAAUCAACAAAGUAUAUACCAAAAUAUGCAACAAUCGAUAGAUUGAUAGAUUUGUUGUUACUUGAAUCUGAAUAUUUUAACGAAGAUGUACACAUUGAUUUGACAGAAUUCAGAUUUGUAUUUCUAUUAAAUUACAGCAGUUUUAUUUCAACGAAUGAACUAUUGAACCAUUUAGCUUAUAGGUUUGUCAAUUCUGGAAAUGCAGUGGUUUCAAUAAUGCAUCAUCAAACUGAUUCCAUAUGGACAUCAGACCCAACUAGAAUAAGUGAAACUGAUGUUGAUUACAGUUUAUUAUUAAAAAUUCAAAUUAAUAUUUUAAAAGUUUUGAUUUUAUUGCUAACCAAUUUUUAUUCCAAUUUCUCCCUUGACUUGAAUAAUAAAGACAAAUUGAUCAAAUUAUUAAGACUAUUCAGUAAUGAAAUUUUACAAUGGUACAAUUCAAAUAAAAUAGAUAACUUACUUGAAAAAUCAUUUGAAAGUUUGGUUAUUCAUUAUAAAAAAUUGAAGAAAUUAUUUGUGAAGAAAACUUACAGACCAAUAGAAAUUCUGAAAUUUGAUGAAUAUUUGACAAAUGAGUACAAGUUUAAUAAUUCAUUACAUGAAGUACCACUGAAUAGAAAUUUACCAAGUUAUACAAAUAUCCUCAAGGUUGAAAAAUUCUUAUACAAAUUUAACAAAGUAUUGACUGUUUUUUACAAAGGAAUUAAGGCAGAAGAUUGGAUAAAAAUAUUUAAAAUUUUAGAAAAUUCAUUUGAAAAGAAUAACUUAUUAAAUUAUAAUCUACAAAAAUCGAACAUUCCUGAAGAUCAAAUGAUUAUUUCAAAUAUUUUCCAUUAUUUUGAAUCUUUGAAUGAACGUCAAUUAUUAUUGAAACAAUUUCCAUUAGUGUUUAGAAAAUUGUUUAAACUUAAUUUUAAAUUUAAAAGUUAUUUAUUAAUUCAAUUGACUGAUUCAAAUAUUACUGCAGAAGAAAGAAUCGAAAGAAUGAAAACUUUAUUAAUAAUGGUUAAAAUUUCCAAAUUGAAAAUGGAUGAGAAUUUAUUUGUGUUUGAAGGUAAGGGAAAUAUUCCAUCUUGUAUUGAGACAGCUAUUAUUAAUGUUAUUUAUUCACCAGAAAGCAGACUAUAUUCAAGUUUAUGGAUUAAAUGCUGUAAAUUUUUUGAUCAAAAUAUGGAAAAAUUUGAUGAUAUUGAUACUAUUUUACCAAAAAGUGUCAAACUUGAUGAUUUACAAUCCUCAGAACCUUUAUUACCAUGUUUUGGAUGGAUCAUAGAAAAUUUAAUUGCUAUUAACAAAUGCCCUUCCUAUUAUGGUCAAAUGAUUAAUUUUAAUAAAAGAUAUUUAGUUUUCAAAUUGAUUAAAGAAUUGAGUAUUGAAGAUCCAGAUGAAUUUGACACAUAUCAUGAUUCAAAGGAAUUUGAAUUUUUACUAAGAUUAGACGAAACAUAUCAUAAUGACCAUCACGAAUUGAUUGUGUUUUCAGAUACAAAGCAUGGAUUAUUUAAGGAAGUUUUGAAAAUGCAAUAUGGAAUUUUAUCAAUUGAAAAUAAAAAGAAGAAUCAUAAUGAACCUAUGCAUACUAUAACCAAGAAAACUUCAAACAAUUCAUUUAAGAGACAAUCUUUAUUAUAUAAAACUAAUUCAGCUUCAAGAUUUAAAAUUAGUGGACUUUUCACAAAAUCAAGACUUUCAUUAGGUGCUGAAAGAAUUAUCAAUGUUGAUGAAUUACCUGACCCUCAAGUAGAAUCAAAACAAAAACCUGUUUUAAUAUUACCUUUGAGAAAUAAAAAAAUAUUUCCAGUUUAUAUCAUGCCAUUAUGUUUUAAAAUUGAUUCAGAUUCAAAUGAAGAAUAUUUUUUCCAAGCAACUAAUGAAGAUGAUUUAAAUGAUUGGCUUAUGAAAUUAAAUUUUGCAAAUCGUCAUUGGUUUUAUUCAAAAUUACUUAAUUUUAAAGUAACUAAUAAUAAUAUUACUUUUGGAGUACCAAUUAGCUAUAUAUGUAAAAGAGAACAAUCGAGUUUUCCUAAAUUUUUACAAAAAAUAUUUGAGGAUAUUGAAAAUAAUGGAUUAAAAGAUGUUGGAUUAUACAGAAUUAGUUCUUCAUUAAGUGAAUUAAAUAAUACCAAAUCUUUAAUUGAUAAAUAUGGAUAUCUUCCUGAUCGUCAAUUAGAUACUCAUGCAUUGACAAGUUUAGUUAAAUCAUAUUUUCGUGAGUUACCAGAUGCAUUAUUAACAGAUGAAGUUAUUACUGAUUUUAUGAAAGAAAAAGAUGGUUCAAUAGAGACUUAUAAAAUUAUACUUGGUAAAUUACAAACUAUUAAUUAUAAUACAUUGAGAAUAUUAAUUCAACAUUUGAAUAAGAUUAGUCAAUUUAGUGAAGAAAAUAAAAUGACUGCAUCUAAUAUUGCUACUGUCAUUGGACCUGCAUUGACUGAGGCAAGCAAUUUGGAAAUUUUAAUUAACAAUUUUGGAUUUAUGAAUUUAGUUUUGGAAAAGAUUAUAUUAAACUUUGUGGAAAUAUUUGAUGAUGAAUAA